GGAAAGUGUCAGCCGCACAGAACGGGGAGUGGCGCUAGUCUUCCAGACUCUGUCUUAGGUGCAUCCAGUUGCGUUGACGAAGAGGAAGAUACGAAAAUUGAUGCUGAUCUAGGCGAUGACUAUUUUGGAGAGGCAGAUGAUGAUGACUUGUUUUACGAGGAUGAAAGUCGAUCAACAUCAGCUGGUGCCGCGCAAGGACAUCAGAGAACUUCACGACCUGGCAUGAGUUCUUCGACUCAAAGUCAAUCGCCCGCCUCCGGCGACGUGCAUGGACCACGCCCAGACCCAUUGCGAUUUCUGCUGACGUGGAUGCAAUGGCUGCAGCCAGCGCGCGACUCCGUGAGAUUUCUAACGAAGGAUCGAAAGGACGUGGAAGUGAUGGAGGUCCAAAAGGU